AUUGGACGUCGUACUGUAGGGGGAAGUGUGUUGCAUAAUCCCACCGGGGAUGAAAGCUUAGUGUGUGCUUGUGUGAGUGAGAGAGGUAACAGAACAGAGGGAGAGAGAGAGAGAGAGAGACAGAGAGAGAGAGAGAGAGAGAGACAGAGAGAAAAAGAGGGAGGUAGCAGAGGGAGUAGUAAUAGCCUGGGCCUUGGACACUGACUCUCACUGACACUAUACCGCAACAGCCUGCUUCAGUCACUUCUGGUCUGUGCGUUUGUGUUUGUGUGUGUGUGUGUGUGAGAGAUAGAGAGAGAGAGAGAGAGGCAGACUGCUUGAGCCUGCAUUCACUCGUGCAGGAGUGUGUGUUGCGUGUGUGACCGGCACAGUGUGUGUGUGUGUGUGUGAGAGAGAGAGAAAGUGUGUGUCAUCAAACAGAUUUCUUACGCAGUGGGCAUCCAGCAGUCCCAGCAUCCCGUCGGCUCUGCUCGCCUUGUCCUAUCAGAUCGCAGCGCCACAGCAAGCGGACCACGCGACCACAUUCCAGGCUGCUCAUUUGUUUACGUGUGAGCAUCUGUCAGCCGGACUCCACGCUCCCUCCGCUACAGCAGCCUGACCUGCCACAGGAUGCUCCAGUAUUUAGGGGCGCUGAGGGGAGGCCUGGGGGUCCUUGCCGUGAGGCGCGCGUGUUUAUUCCCUCGCUCGUGCCACUCCUCCUCCAACCGUAAUGUGGAAUACAAGCCAAUCAAGAAAGUCAUGGUGGCUAACAGAGGUGAGAUAGCCAUCCGUGUGUUCCGGGCGUGCACGGAGCUGGGCAUCCGGACCGUGGCCGUGUACUCGGAGCAGGACACGGGGCAGAUGCACCGGCAGAAGGCAGACGAGUCCUACCUGAUCGGCAAAGGCCUGGCCCCCGUCGCCGCCUACCUCCACAUCCCAGAUAUCAUCAAAGUGGCCAAGGAGAAUAACAUUGAUGCCAUCCACCCUGGCUAUGGCUUCCUGUCGGAGCGGUCGGACUUCGCCCAGGCGUGUGUGGACGCCGGGGUGCGCUUCAUCGGACCCUCCCCAGAGGUGGUGCGCAAGAUGGGGGACAAGGUGGAGGCCCGAGCCCUGGCCAUCCAAGCUGGUGUGCCCGUGGUGCCCGGUACGAAUGCCCCCAUCGCCUCGAUGAAAGAGGCGGAGGAGUUUGCCAAGACCUAUGGCUUUCCCAUCAUCUUUAAAGCAGCGUAUGGAGGAGGGGGCCGCGGCAUGAGAGUGGUCCGCGAGUAUGAGGAACUUGAAGAGAACUACAGCAGGGCCCAUUCUGAAGCCCUGGCGGCCUUUGGCAAUGGGGCUCUGUUCGUGGAGAAGUUCAUUGAGAAACCAAGACACAUCGAAGUGCAGAUUCUAGGUGAUAAGUAUGGGAAUGUGAUCCACCUGUAUGAGAGGGACUGCUCCAUCCAGAGGCGCCAUCAGAAGGUGGUGGAGAUCGCCCCCGCAGCUCAGCUGGACCCACAGCUCAGGGACAGACUGACAGCCGACGCCGUCAGCCUGGCCAGACAGGUGGGCUAUGAGAAUGCCGGGACCGUGGAGUUCUUGGUGGACAAACAGGGCAAGCACUACUUCAUUGAGGUCAACUCCCGCCUCCAGGUGGAGCACACCGUCACCGAGGAGAUCACUGAUGUGGACCUGGUGCAUGCUCAGAUCCGUGUGUGUGAGGGCCGCAGUCUGCCAGAGUUGGGCCUGAAGCAGGACAAGAUCCGCAUCAACGGCUGCGCCAUCCAGUGCCGUGUCACCACCGAAGAUCCCGGCCGCGGCUUCCAGCCCGACACCGGACGCCUCGAGGUAUUGACGGAGACAGAUUUCCGAGGCGAGCCCUCUUGUCAGCCCGGCGAGCUCCGGGGGCGGUGCCACACUGUGUUGGGAUGA